AAGGCUAAACGAGGUACAGAAAACACGAUUGGAAAUAAUUUCCUUAAUGAAUUAUUUUUCAAAAUUAGCUCUUCUUUUGCACUAAAACCGAUUGUGUGGGUACCUAUCUCAAGGAUAAGAAAUAUUAUAAUGAAUUUGAAUAGGGCUCCAAGGUAUUACAAAUUCUAAUUGGUGGCGAAUGGCGGCGGCCGGACAUGCGACCUCUUUUGUACUUCUUUCUUCAAAUCUUUAUACUUCUUGUUUGCUAAAACCGAUUGUGUGGGUACCUAUCUCAAGGAUAAGAAAUAUUAUAAUUAAUUUGAAUAUGGUUCCAAGGUAUUACAAAUUCUAAUUGGUGGCGGGCGAAUGGCGCCGGCCGCGCAUGCGACCUCUUUUGUACUUGUAUUUCAAAUUUUUAUACUUCUUGUUUGUUAUUCUAUGUCAUAUGUGUUUGUCUGCGCUUGUCACUGAUAGGAGUAAAAUUGUGCUGUACUUUCCUUACCACAGGCAACUAAUUCUCAUCGAGACAAAUUCUAAAAACCCCAAACACAAUCAUGAUGCGUUGUUUCCUUGUUUCAUCACCAGACAUAGAAGUUUUUGUGGCAAAAUAAAGUGAUUGACAAAAUCAGUUAUCGACAUGUCUAUUAUCGAUGUUAACUUAGCGUUAUACAUAUUUUUAACAUUGUAUAAAAGAUAGCUACCGCGAAAUACACAAUACGUUCUAUAUCUUCUUUGAUACGUUUACGUUUUUAUUUUUAAAUACUUAAUAUAUGUAAUAAAGAAAUUAUGGUCGCAUUUGUAAUUGAUAUACAUUCUUGAAAUUUCCCGGUAAAUUACAGCAAGUAGAAUUUACAUCUUUUAAUUAUUAAUCUAUGACUGACUUAUCAAUGUUAUUAUUUGUCGAUGUUUCAUUUACUCAAGCACUCGUUUUUGCCACCAAAACUUCUAUGUCUGUUCAUUACAGAGUUCCUAGGGUCACCUUCCGCCUUCUUCAUCAGCUCGAUGGUACCAUAACAUUGCAUUGUCACCAUAUAUGUGCUUCUGCUUCAUUGGAAAUCGGGAAGUGGGUCAAAUUUAACUUCCAACAUUUGACCCACACAUACAUACUAACAGGGCAAGUUAAAUAAAACCUUGUCAAAAAUAACAAGCUACCAAUGGUGUUUUCUCCAUGUUAAAGAAUGAAACAUUGAUACUAAUUCACUGAUCGCGAGGGAUUUUAUUAUAUUUCACAGAAUAACAUCUCGCAGUCAAUUUGUGGAAUACGUCGUAUUGCAUUACGGUUCGCCGUAUUUCGGCUCCUCGUUGAUCAGCUGUUUGUGGAACACGACUUACUUUUAUUGAGGUUUGGAAUUGCACUUCGCCUAAAUACGAGAUAGACGUGUCGGAUGCUGGUAUUUUUCGUAUGCAUUAGCAAAAAGAAUUUGAAAUAGAGGUGUAUUGUCAAAGAAAACUUUGUAUAAGCGACGUAAAUUUACUGCCAUCUUUCGACACAUCAUUAAAACUUUUAGAAUUUUAUCCUUAUUAUUUUACUGAUUUGAGUUAAUUUGUUAAAUAUCAAAAAGUGGCGCCAUCUAAUAUAUCAAAGGCCAAAUGUAUAGCAGUAUUGUUUUGAGCGAUGGCGCCAUAACCUUUAGGUAGUGCCACUUUUUGAUAUUUAAUAAAUUGAACACAUAUCAGUGAAAUAAUAAGGAUCGAAGUCAAAUGGCGUUCUAAAAGUUUUAAUUAUGUGUCGAAAGAUGGCAGUACAUUUACGUCGUUACAAAGUUUUCUUUGACAAUACACGUUUAUAUCAAAUUCUCUUUGGCAUUAAUAACAUUACGGCCGCUUUAGUUGGUAGUGACCGUGUUUAUGAAAAUAGCCAGGUAGUCCUGUGCGCCAAUCUCGAUUUGUGUAUAUUUGUACAUUUAACACAAUAGUGUGGGUACAAAAUAUAGUUUGGCCUUAUGCUAGACCAAAUUUGUUUAUACUUGCCGCAAAACUAAGUGGCGAGUCUGGUCAUAAUGCCAUCUCUUUCACUCUUGGAUGGUCUUAACAAAGCUAAAGAAUUUAGCAUUAUGAUCUCAAUCGCUAGUUAUUGCGGCUAGUUUCUGGAGUGCCAGUUCAGUUUUCGCCAGCAUGCGCAAAAUAAAUAAAAUAUAAUACAAACCAUGAUCGCACCGCCUAUAUUCGGUAGCGAGUCAGUACUGUGAGUUUUUUAAACGGAUGAAGUAUAACGCUUUAGGAUUGUAACUAGUUAUAAGAGAUGACCGAUUAUGACAAGUGACCGGCGUGUGACGCGCGAGUGCCAAUGGGUGGUUAGUACAUUCGUAUACAGGCCGCUUGUGUAUGUACAAGGUACACAUUUCGCGCUAUGCCAGGUGUAACAAAAAUAGCGGGGAUCCGUUUAAGGACAUAUUCAGUAUCGUGCUCUGAUAAGAAAAUAAUUGAAGAAAAAAUUUUUUGACGCAUAAAAAAACCUGCCCAAUGAAAAUUAAAAAAAAAUCGCGUCGACAACAUUUAUCUUCUACUUUUUCCCAAUGAUGAUGAAAAGGAUCUUACCCAAGACACUAAAAACGAUCUAAAUGAAUUUUAUGAAUGAUGAGAGGGUUACAGCCUGAAAGCAAAUUUACGAAUGUAAUGUAUGUGUCUGGAAGAUAUUUAAAGUGUUGUAUGUAUUUUAUAGUAUUUUUUCGUUUCCUUAUUUGUACGACAAAUUCACACUGUAACUUGCAGCACAUUUUUAGGAUUCCGUAGUCAACUAGGAACCCUUAUAGUUUCGCCAUGUCCGUCUGUCUGUCCGAGGCUUUGCUCCGUGGUCGUUAGCUCGUUAGUGCUAGAAAGCUGAAAUUCGGCAUGGAUAUACAAAUCAAUAAAGCCGACAAAGUCGUACAAUAAAAUCUAAAAAUUAAAUGUUUUUGAGGGUACCUCCCCUACACGUAAAGUGGGGGUGAAUUUUUUUUUUUGCUUCAACCCUACAGUGUGGGGUAUCGUUGGAAAGGUCUUUCAAAGGGUUUUCAACAAACAUUUUUUGAUAAAGUGAAUAUAUUCGGAGAUAAUCGCUUCGAAAGAAAAAAAAUGUGUCCCCCCCCCCUCUAACUUUUGAACCAUAGGAAAGUAUCGUGGCAAAAAAUCGUGGAAGUAGAGCUUAAGUAAGACAUUAAAUGAAAACUAUAGCGGACAUGAUCAAUUUAGCUGUUUUUGAGUUAUCGCAAAAAGUUUCCCCUUCAUAGUAAAAAGACUUACUUUAAUUAGGUAGGUACUGAUUAUGCAAAUUUGCCUAUUUAUUUAACUCGCGUGAAAGGUAACGUUUCAUCCCUUGGUUAACAAUUUACUAUACUAGCUCCAGUUUAGCUUAUUGUGACGGAAGAGUAACUACGGAAUCCUACACUGAGCGUGGCCCGACAUGCUCUUGGCUGGUUUUAUUCACGCUUGAAUUGCUCGACGCUGCAUGCUCCAUGCAUGGUAAAAAAAUCGACACGGUCUGUAUUGUAGCUUUCCGGUAAACAAGCGGAUUGGUAAUAGUUAGCAGCAAGGCACCCAAAUAGUGCCCAAAAAAUAAUAAUUAUAUACCUUAGUUUAUUUUAGGAAUUAGCAGGCCAAAUUUGUUAUAAAAAAAUUAAACUUUAAUUUACUUAGUCGUAUCGAAACCUGGCAAAGUAAUUAAUUCGAUAUUGUUAUAAGUUGGUUAUAACUCGGUCAACUAAUAAUUACAAUAGGACCAAGUUCCAAACACAAUUACAAGGGCCCACUAAAAACAACGUAUCACACGCAAAAAGCAGUUCAAUAAAACUUGUACGUCUAAUUUCCUUGUAAUAAGUUCCGUCAUGCGCUACAGGGGGCGCCACGGACACUACGCACAGUCGUAGCGCGAUCGCUGUAGCAGGGCCACGUAACGCCGCUACGCCGUAGCACGUUUACGUAGUUCACGCUAAACUCUUUGACGUUACUGACUUUUUAGUGAGUGCUGGUGAGUGUAUAGUCAGUGGGAUUUAGUGAACCGUGAGUCUGUGAGUGGUUGUAACUGUUUAGUGAGUGUGCGAAUGUUUAGACUCGGUGGUUGAAACCAGAACUGCAGUUUUGACUUACUAAAAAACUGCUGCAUAAGGCCGGUGCUGCGUAACUUCGACUGCAUUGAUUCAAAGAACUGAAGAGAAAAUAAUGGAUCAAAACCGGCUAGACAGAUGAAGUCUAUGGCCCCUCAGUGUUGGGGCUGACACCAUGACGCCGGCUGGGCUUCUGGUCUUCAGCUCGUUGCUUACGAGGACGCUCUGUGUCAUCGCGCCACAGAUACCAGACUUCAGCACGGGCGAAAAGAAGGUCAACGGGCCGUUCUGGCAUGAGCUCAUCACGGAGAUGUACGAGGACCACGAGGAGGACGUGUCGACUACGACGACGGAACCUCUCCCCAUCUUCGAGGACGACGUGUCCACUAACAACGUGACGGCGCAGCUCGGGAGUCGAGUGCACUUGCACUGCAGAGUGCAUGACUUGGGGGAGAAAACUAUAUCAUGGGUGAAACGUCGUGACGAUGAGCUCCACCUGCUUUCCUUCGGCCGUCACACGUACUCUGCGGACUCGCGGUACUCCCUCGCCUUCGAGCACCCAAACGACUGGCGCCUGCUCAUCCAGUACGUGAGCGAGCGAGACGAAGGAUUCUACGAGUGCCAGAUCUCGACGCAUCCGCCGUUGGUGCGAAGAGUGCACUUGUCUGUCGUCGUACCAAAAGUGGAGAUAAUCGACGAGCGAGGUCGUCCGCUUCAAGACAAGUUCUACAAAGAGGGUUCCAUCAUAGAGCUCCGGUGUAUCGUGAGCGAGGUCCCGCAGCCCACCAGGCAGGUCAACUGGAAGCAUGGCGCCAGGCUGCUGAACUAUGACACCAAGAGAGGAGGAAUCAGCGUGAAAACCGAAGCGACAGCCAACGGCGCGCUUUCGCGGCUGUACAUCGCUAACGCCAACCGCCACGACUCCGGCAACUACACCUGCUCGCUCGCCGACGUCGCCGCUUCUGCGGUCUCCGUGCAUGUGCUCAGAGGCAAGUACCGCUACAACACUUUACGUAGCUAAAAUGUUCCCAGCUUUUGUGCCACGCUGAGAGAAUGUCGACAGUGUAUGAGCAUGUAUCACAUCCCAGGAACACGCCAAGCAUACGUAAGGUGACAACCUCUUCUUGCUAGCGUUGUCCCGAAAUAUUGCCACGGCUCAUGGGAGCCUGGGGUCCGCUUGACAACUAAAGAUUCGGCGUAGGCAACCAAAAGGUAAGGUAAGGUGACAACUAAAAGUCACUAAUUACCACCACAAGUUCAUCAAAAGUUAUUUUUGUCGCCUAAGUAGUGUUUAGUUUUUAGUUUACAAAUGGUAUACUUAAGUGUGUUAGUCUAUACGGUAUUUGUAAUGUGGGCCUUCUUACCUGAUCCAAUUUUUUAAAUAAGUUGACGACCGGUCUGGCCUAGUGGGUAGUGACCCUGCCUGCCUGUGAGUGUGUGCUAUGAAGCUAAUGGUCCCGGGUUCAAAUCCUGGUAAGGGCAUUUAUCUGUGUGAUGAGCAUGAAUAUUUGUUCCUGAGUCAUGGAUAUUUUUUAUGUAUUUAAGUAUUUAUAUGUUAUAUAUAUCGUUGUCUAAGUACCCACAACACAAGACUUAUUGAGCUUACUGUGGGAUUUAGUCAAUUUGUGUAAUAAUGUCCUAUAAUACUUAUUUAUUUAUUCUAUUUUAUUUUUUAUAAAUAAAAAGCCAUAGUGAGUACCAAAAUUAGGUUAAUCUUUUUUUUUGUAAUUAGUCAGUUUUGGUUAUCACCUGACGAUAAGUUCCUACACAAUACGAGAUUAUAUAAUUAUUGUGUAGGAACUGCGAAAUAACUGCAAUGACUCCUAACUUGCAAAUAAAGUGUUUUUGAAACAUUUUCCUUUUGGUAAAACCUAGGAUAUUGUCCUUCUUACAUUAUAGCUAAAAUAUUCCAACAUUCCCAAUGUCGUACAAAGUUCAUUUUUGAGGAGCGCAUCGACACGUGUAAGACCAGCAAAAUAUUCCCAAAUCCUCUCUUGUGACUGUUACUUGCUAUGCUAAAAAUGCCAAUUGGGUCGAAGGCAUCACCCGCAUAUUACAAGCAUGUUUGCAAAUAUUUUUAUCUUUGGAAUUUGUGGUUUCUCCCGGCCUGUCGAAUUUAUGCUGACAGGGGAGGCUUAGGCAAUAUUCGCAGAAUGCUUGAAAAAGUUUCGAAGAGGCUUCAGCUAGGAAUUUUAUUUAGGCUAGAUUUAGGCGUACAGAAACAUCUAAAAUUAUUUGGAUUUUCCUAGGUAAAUUACUUAUUAACCUCAUAAUAAAUUUGUUAGCUGUAGUUAAAUGUUACAAACAAUUUGCGGCCAUGUACAUACGAGUAGAAAUAUAGGUACAUAUAUGUGUAUAAUUAACGCGUCAAAAUCCGGACUAUCCGUUGCGGACAAAAUCAGAUUUAGAUGUAAUCCCCAGAAAAAAAUUGAAUGCGCAUAGUUUUAUUUUAAAGCGUCGCUGCAUUCGAUAGUUUUUUAGAUAGUUUUGGAUGGAGUUUUAACGGAUUUCCUCCCACAACUGAGUAAUUUGUUUGAGAUUGAUAAUUUUAAUUUUUUUAUUUCAUGUUAAAAAUAAGUGCCUUGUGUACUGUGUAGGUUCCAUUCUACAAUACUUUUAUAAAUGGAACACACGUUCACGAACAAAGGGUAGGCAGAGGUCAUGGAUAUCCACUUCCUUCGGACUUUGGACACGGCAAACAUUUUCGCUUUAUUGACUUUGCUGGUACCUAAAUAUGACUAUUAAACUUCAUACUAGUUAGUUGGAUAAAAAACUAAAAAAUAAGCUCUUUAUUCUAUCUUUCGUUCUAAUCUUUACAGCUUUUAAAAAAGGUAAAAUAAUAAAAUACAUUAAAGUCUGCUACUACCAUUACAAAGUUUUAUCUGGACUUUAUUUCGUACCUUUAACUCGUAAAUCUUGAACUCGGUACACAGAAAGACUUAAG